AUGACAAAGUCUCGCUACGUUGACGACAUCUAUGGGGGAGCAGACACCGAAGACGAAGCUAUUGAAAUAGCUCGACAAACCAAAGAAUUAUGCGCUUCUGGAUGCUUCCCACUAGCAAAGUGGUCAAGCAACUCGCCAAUAUUACUCACAACCAUGUCACCAGUUGACAAUAAAGAGAAUUCUCUAAGAGAACUUGGUGAUGCAACUGUCAAAGUACUGGGAAUUGGCUGGAAUCCACAUCAAGAUGUAUUCCAGUUCAACUACUCCCUGCCAGAGGACACGCCAACUACAAAGAGAGCCAUCCUCUCGGAAAUUGCUCACUUGUACGAUCCGCUAGGGCUACUCGCACCUGUUGUCAUAACCCCCAAAAUUUUCAUGCAAGAACUUUGGUUAGAGAAACUCGCUUGGGCUGACAACCUCUCACCAGCUCAAAGUCACAAGUGGUCCAUCUUUCGAAAAGAUCUCAGGAAACUCGCAUCGCUACAGAUACCUCGCUGGAAUUAG